AAUUUCACCACAUUUGCUCCUUAUAAAUUGCACUAUAAUCCUCUUCUUUCUUCAAUCCCAUUCUCAUUCAAGCAACAACAAAAAAACAAGAAACUAGCAAAGAAAAUGGCACACCAAGGUCAGGACUUGAGUUUCAAUGCCUCUGGCCAAGCUCAGAUGAAGAGGGAAGAGACUGUGAACCAGGCAUCUAAUCCAUCCCAUCAAACAAUGGAUAGGGCAUCUGAGCCUGCCCAAGCUGGCCAGGACAGUUCCUAUUCAACCCAGGCCACCAACUUUCUUCAACAGACAGGAGAGCAAGUGAAGAACAUGGCCCAAGGAGCUGCAGAGGCAGUGAAGAACACUCUGGGAAUGAACGCAGACAACAGCUCUAACCCAGCAGGCCACCCAACCAACAGUAGUAAUACUCCAAGCAACGCCAGCAACCCUAGCAAUCCAAGCAACCCCAGCAACCCAAGCAACCCAUCUAUUUGAAGAUUAUAUUGAUCAUAAACACCAUUUGCUGUUAUUAUUAUUAUUAUUAUUUGAUUAUUAAUUUUUUUUCAUAAGUUUUUAUGACAUGGGCAUUUAAUUGCUACCCCUCAUGUGGAGGUGAUUAAUUAUUUCUUUGAGAAACUUCUGGAUUUGGAGACUAGGAGUCUCUCUUUGUUGUCUUAUUUAUUGGGAAAAUAAUUACAAGAAAAAGUAACAAAAAAUAUAACCUUUUUUUUGUUGCUGCCAUA